AUGUUUGGAGCAUUAUUGCUGGAGGCAUCCUGUGGCGCAGACUGGGGCAUACAGCAGGCCUGGUAUAUAAUGCAACAAACAGAGCAGUCUAUGCCUGGUUUAAUUACGGACAAGAUUUGUAACAUGCAAAGGGCUGAGAAUAUAAAAAUUGGAGACUGGUCCAUGAAAGACAACAUAAAGAAGUGGUUGGACGAAAAUGAGGAGUUUAAAGCGAAAUUACAGGUGAAGAAAGUAGGAAAUAAGUGCACGGGAAAUGCGCAGAGCACAUCAGAAAAUGAGGGCGCAUCAACAGCACUUAGUGCAGGGCACGGAAACAAAAUUAAGCAAAAAAAGAGUGCUGCGGAAAUUCUGUGGGGUAAAGUGAAGAAUGUAGUUCGGGAAGCUAGAAAAGAGGUACGACACAAAAUAAAAGACCUGAAUAACAACAUACCGAGCCAGCCUUAUGCCAACGUCACGCCCAGGAAGGACUAUACAGACAUCUCCGACUCGGAGGAAGAGAACGAAGAAGACGAAGAUGGCGAUGAUGACGAUGCAGGAGAGGAGGACGCGAAUGGACCCAAACUCGAGGAUACCGGAGGCGCCAGGUCAUUGCCGCCAUCGCAACCAGGAGCGCAACCGCAAGCACCGGCAUCUCCAGUAUUACCAGCCAGACCACCACCACCAGAACCGGCACGUUCUGCUGCAGGACAGGGGGAAUCAUCGAAGGAGUCGAAAGAAACAGGUAAGUGCUCCAAGGGGACAGAGACUUAUACAGUCAAAAACGCAGGCGCAGGUGUCCACGGAUCCACAUCAAAUACUUAUGUGUCUUUUGGAACGACAUCUGACAUUGACGGUACUUGUGGGAAGAAACCCGAAGACUCGGGACCAGCAGUAGGAUCCGAGAAACCCGGUGCAUCCGCUGGACCCAGUCCGCCGGCUCCUGAACCUGUGAACGAGGAAGUCCAAGCAACUUCUCCGGGUACUGGCCACGACACUAGCGCCCCCGGUUCCUCGGUGAACAGCAGUACGGAUGACCCCCCUCCUCUCAAUCCACCCAAACCAAAACCGCCCCCGACCCCAGAUCAAUCGGGGUCGAGCGGCGACGACACAACCACUGCAGGUGGUGUGUCUGGUGGGGAAGGAAAAGGCGGAGGUGGGGGUGGUCAAAAGGAUGGUGGCGGCCCCGGUAGCGGAAGUGCAGCAGGAGGAGGUAGUAGUGGUGGUGGUGCAGGAGGACGUACUGAGCAGGCAGGUACCCUUACCCCUGCCACCCCUUCCGUGCCGCCCGGCCUCACAUGGGAAGAUAUUAAGCCGUACACCCCUGCCAUCAUCCCAGCGGUGGUUGGUAUUGGGGUCAUUGCGUUCUUUCUCUGGAAGUAUUUUGCCUACCUCGGACAAAAACGACGACGAACAUAUCGAACCGUUCGUGACGUGCCGUCACCGCCACUCGACGAAGAAAUUCUAGACCAUCUACAACGCGGCGAACUGCCGCCACCCGAUUACGGGUACACCAUGAUUCGGGAUACGCAACCUCCGUCAACAUCCGGUAGAGGCCGCCCCCCACGCGUGCAUAAGCGCACGAUCAUGGAGCUACAUUUAGAAGUGCUCAACGAAUGUGAAGCAACCGAGUGGGAAAACGUCAAAGACGAUUUUUACGGGAUUAUUUUGGAGGAGUUUGCACAUGACUUGGAGCCGGAUGCAAACGGGCAUAGUAGUUUCCCGGAUGCUCCUACCACAAACCAGGGUUUAUCAGGGAACCAUGUUUCCUGCACCCUCGACCCACCCACUGACAUCGAACGAACGGAUGCAUGUCUACCUAACGAAGAGGACCCCGAGCCAUGGAAGUGUAUGGAAACUACAGAGUUAGAAACGAAUGCAUGUCCACCGAAUGACCCCGACCCAUGGAGUUGUAUGGAAAACAUACCGUUAGCACACGACGCGACUCUUCCUGCCGCUCCAUCCUUCUCCGACCCCGAGCACGCGACUUCGGACUGCACCCAAUGGAUUAACUGGAUUGACCGCAACAAGUACUUUUUGCGGGAGUGCACGACGCAGCCGUGGUUUUUGCAAUUAAAAGCGGAAUGGAAACAAUACCUGCGCGAGCACAUGGUGGCAAACGAGGAUAACGCAGUAUACGGGCACAUUGACAACGGUGAAGCGGCAACCCUGCAGAUGAACAAACUGCGGUUGUGGAAACAAUGGGUAGCGCAACAACAUGCACAAGUGCUUAUGUAUUGUGAGGAGGCGUGGUUUAAGCAUUUGUUAGACAAUAUCGCGGAGGACAUAGUAUCGCCAACAGGCGAAGUACCUGUAGUGGAAAAAGACUUAAAAAUGGAAAUAGUAACGGCCGCAGAAGAUAUACUAAGAGUGAGAGAUUUACCGCGGUCGCAACUGCAUCGGCAACCGCACAUGAAAAAACGGUUAACCGCUCAAACAUGGAUACUGAUCCUGGCAUUAGUCAUGGAACAGUGCGAGGUUGAAAGCCGUUUGCAAGAGAAGGAGUUAUAUGUAGAUGAACUAUUGCAGCAACUGUGA